GGUCACAUGACGAACAAAAUGGUAGAUGGACACUAAAACGAAAAUUGUUCACAAAAAUUCCAUAAUUUGCUGAAUAAAGGACGCAAAUAUAUGUCCGAGGACUGGUGAAACACUCAGCGUUUCAAGAUGGAUCCCUUGGGAGCCAAAACUUCCAUUGUAGAUGUGGACACUAUCGAUGUAUGGGGAAAAACAACUGUCCCCUCCUACCUCACUGCUAGUGGCGAGAAGGCAGCGCAGCUAGAUAAGGAAUCAAAAUUCGUCUUUGACAAAAAGAUCAAUGAUAAAAUUGCAUUUUGGCAGGGAGAACUCACUCAACUUAAUGCAACUGCCAUUGUAAAUACAACCAAUGAGUCCAUGACUGACAGAAGUCCUCUGAGUGAAGCAAUAUUCCAUAAGGCCGGUCCAGAACUCAAGCAAGAGGUUAGGAAAAAUGUAAAAGUCUGUAAAACUGGUGAUGCCAAGCUUACCAAGGCUUAUAACUUACCUAGUCGCUAUGUCAUCCACACUGUCGGGCCAAGAUAUAACACGAAAUAUCAAACAGCUGCCGAGAGCGCCCUGUAUAACUGCUACAGGAAUAUCAUGCAAAUAGUUAGAGAGAUGCACUUGUCUAGUUUGGGCCUGUGCUGUGUUCACUCAACAAGAAGAAGUUACCCACCAGAGGAAGGGGCACAUAUAGCUCUCAGAACAGUAAGAAGAUUCCUUGAGCAUUAUGGAGAAGAAAUGGAAAAAAUCAUAUUUGUGGUCACAGGAAACGAGGAGCCUGUAUAUAGUCGUCUCCUUCCGCUGUACUUUCCACGCAAUCGUGAAGAGGAAGAAUAUGCUCAACAACACCUGCCUGAUGAUAUCGGCAAUGAAUUUGGGGAGCCAAUCAUCAAGGAACGAGCUAUUCGUAUCACAGUUAACCCGACAUUGAGACGAUCACUGGAAGAAUCAAUAGAAGAAGAUGAGGCUGGACCCAGAGAGGAGGGCCUCGCAGAAGAGUUAUUAACAGAUGUUGCAGUUGGGCGUCAUGCUUUUGCUCAUAUGGAGGCUGACCAUGACAAAGCUAGAGCGAUGAAGAUACAGGGAAAGCCUAGCAUAGAGGCGGACAGGGAAGGGGAUAAAAGAAGGUAUUCACGACUCGUCAAAAGAGCCAAGCGAGAAGAUUUGACACAAAUAGCAGCUUUACGAUGUUUGUACCAUUCAGGCUAUGACAAGAAGGGUCAUCCUAUCAUCUUAUUCAUUGCAAAGAAUUUCCAUUACAGUCAAGUCGAUUUAGAAAAAGCUAUCUUAUACCUAAUCCAUAUAAUGGAUCCACUAGUGUCCCAGAGGUACGUUGUCAUAUACCUGCACACAAACUCAACCAGGGAUAAUCAACCAGGAAUGAAAUUUCUUAAGGAGGUGUAUCGACUUGUUGACGAGAGAUACAGGUUGAACCUUCAUGCAUUUUAUGUUGUCCACCCGACAUUUUGGUCAAGGAUUCUGACCUGGUUCUUCACCACAUUCACAGCAUCGAAUAUCAAAGACAAAGUCAAAAUGGUGCACGGUAUUGAGUACCUGUACAGCCAGAUAAACCCAGAUCAGUUGGAUAUCCCUCCGUUUGCGUUAGAUUAUGACCUAAAGAUAAAUGGUGCUCGUUACUACAUCCCCAGCAGCGACAUAUCAGAUGAGAUUGGAGAGGAACUAUGAGUGCACAGCUAAUGAAUUUGGCAUUAUGUGAUAUAUGCUUGGAUGUGCAAGAAAUACUGGAUAUGUGGACAAAAUUGCACAACUUUCGAACAUAGGCUUAUGGCAGGGAAUUCAAAACCAAGAUUCUUUGUAGUCACCAGAUUUCAAAACAGUGUGGAACUAGCACCAUGUACCCAGUUUAUGUACCAGGAAUCGGUGGUGACGUGGCUAAUCUGAUAUUUAAAGAUCUAGUUUGAUUUCCCUUUAAGUAAUGAUGUGCGUGCAUGAAAGGGAGAUCUUCGAAACAUAUAUUUUUUGAAAACUAGCAAGAUAUAUUCCUGUACUUUUAAUGUACAGUGGAACCUCUGUUAGCAGACACCUCUCUAUUAAGGACACUAGUUUUGGUCCCAAAUUGGUUGUUUCCAUUCAAUUUGACCUCUCUAAUCAGGACACCUCUCUAUUAUGGACAGCACUUGUCAGUCCUGAGGGUGUCCUUAAUAGAGAGGUUCUACUGUACAUGGUCUUCAUCUUGCACGGUUCUCAUUGUAUGGUCUCCCCUCCUGCUCCCUAUUUCAAAAUCAUCUUAGUCAGCAGCUGAUUUUUUUCCUUCAGAAUACUCUGUUAAAUAUGUACUUAAGAUGUAUGAUAUUGUAUGUUAAUUAUAUUUUGUAAUAUUCGAGUCACUGGCUAACUUCAGCUUUAGUUAUAUUAUCUGCCAGAAUUAUGACAAUGGGGCCAAAAACAAAUAUCAUUGCUGACGUAUUGCAAACCUGGGCCCAAUUGUUAAAAAGCAUGUACAUGUAAGGUCGUAGAAUCAUGUUGAAAUGUUGUUACUUGCACAUCGAUGUGCAUAAAAUGUAAUGUUACAUUAUUUGCCAAGUGAUAGAGUUAAUUACAUGUAUGAGAGUCAAUUCAAGUUGAAAUGUCAUAGCUGACAUACUGCAAACCUGCAUUUUUUCACUUGUUUAACAAGGUUUUAGUAGCUAUUUCCAAAAAAACUAGUUUUUCUGAACUUAACUGCCAGAUAUUAAAAGUAUUCAGGUUUGCAGUUAGUCCAGUAACCGUUGACUUCACUGGACGGUUUCUGACAUUUGUGUAUUGUUUGGAUGAGUUGAGUAUAUGAAAGAAUGUGUAAAUAUGUACAUUAAGAUGUAUAUAGACAUACAUGUACUAAAAGUCAUAUGUCAAUCAUGAAAAAAUAGCUGGAUUUGUCAAAUAAAGGUGACAUUUCGGAAAGUGAAUACAUUCAUGAUUCAGAAAGACAGUAACCAUGAAGAUGAGAAUGGUAUUCUACAUGUAUAAUAGUGUAUUGUGUACAUGUAAAGGUCAGUUCAAUAUAUCAUGAAUCUCUCAUGAAAAUACAUACAUGUAUCUGUAAAGCAAGUAUUAUCCAUAUGUGCUAAUGAUAGUACAUGUAUUGUGUCAUUUUAAGUGAAAACAGCAAGUGCCAAUUUAACACAAAUUAAGAAAGUCUAUUUUCAUGUUCUGGGGCUUGACAUCAUUGUGAAGAUGAAUCCAGUGCUAAACCUCGGCUAUACAUGUAUCUGCAUAUUUGUAAAAUUACAAAUUAUCAGAAUAUUUAGAUCACGGUACUUAUUCGAUAUUUGAUUGCUUCCUGUUCAAGAGUCAACUCCAGAUUGUAACUUGUAUAGACUUCAUUGAAUAUGUGCUUGUAAAUAGUGUUCAUUUCCAAAAACUCCAAGUUUUAGAUUGUUCUAAUAAAUCUAA